AUGAAGCCUCAACUCCUUUCGUUGCUGCCGCUGGCAUCCGUUGCUAGCGCCAGCUGGUCCAAGAAUCUGAAUUACCGCUCACCUUCGGAACACCAUCCGGCUCUUGGAAUCUCAAUCCAUAAGGUGGCAAAGAGAAAUGAUCCAGCAUCCGCGUAUGAACCUUCCAGCUUGAACUUCACCCAUGGUGUUGCCUCGGGAGACCCAUACCCAGACAGCGUUAUUCUCUGGACACGCGUUGCGCCUCAGAACGACAAUUCGCAAUCCAAUGUUACAGUCACGGGUUACGCACCUCUUUUCGAUCACGACAACGAAAAGUACGUGCAGGUUUCCAAGUCGCCAAUUUGCGUGGAAUACAAGGUCUACGAGGACGAGGAAUGCUCGUCGACUGUAGACUCGGGCACAGUGUAUACCAGCUCUGAUGUUGAUUUUACGGUCAAGGUCGAGGCCAAGAACUUGAAGCCAUUCAGCACGUAUUACUACCAGUUCAAUGUAUGCAAUUCGGACAACAAGAGUCCUCUUGGCCGCACCAAAACCACACCAAAUGCCGACGACGACAUCACCAAUGUUAGGCUUGCUGUGUACAGCUGUUCAAACUAUCCCUUUGGCUUCUUCAAUGCGUAUGGUAACCCCGUGCGAAAGGACUCUGUUGAUUACGUCGUUCAUCUUGGAGACUACAUCUAUGAGUACAAGAACGGCGAGUAUGGCUGGGGUAACAGCAUUGGCCGUAUUCCCGAACCGGACCGUGACAUUUACACUUUGUACGACUACCGCAAGCGACUUGCAACCUACCGUACCGACUUGGAUCUUGUUGCCAGCCACCAACAAUUCGCAUGGAUCCCAGUUUGGGACGAUCAUGAAGUAGCUGAUAACACGUACCGCGACGGCAGUUCCAAACUCAACAACACCGAAGACUCCUUCGUUUACGAUGGGGGCGUUUCAGUCGACCAGCGUAAAAUGAACGCAGUUCGUGCCUACUUUGAAUGGAUGCCUAUUCGCCAAGUUGACAUGGACGAUAACCUGCGCAUCUGGCGGUCCUUCUCCAUUGGCAAACUGGUUGAUUUGAUCAUGCUCGACACACGCCAAUACGAUCGCUCUAUCACCGAUCUUUACUGGAAUACUGAUUACAUUCACGCUAUCUCUAAUGACGCCAGCCGCUCUCUCAUGGGUGCCAACCAGGAGAACUGGUUCUACCGCAGUCUCUCGCAUUCAGCCAAACGCGGCGCAACAUGGCGCGUUGUUGGCUCUCAGAUCGUCUUCUCGCGCCUGAACCAGUCCGCAGCAUACGGCGAAGAGAACCCACUCAACUACGAUGCAUGGGACGGGUAUCUCGCCAACAAGAACCGCACGCUGAACCACCUUUACAGCAACAACAUCAACAACAACAUUUUCCUCGCAGGAGACAGCCACGCUUCGUGGGUCAGCGACCUCAUCUGGCUCGACGAGAAGAAUUACGAUCCCAGCACGGGUGCCGGCAGCAUCGGAGUCGAGUUCGCUGGCUCAGCAGUAACUUCGCCCUGCCCUUAUGGCGCAAACAUUUCCCUUGCAACCGCAAACAACUACUCGUCCAUUAUUCAGUCGGCGAACCAGGAGCUGCAAUGGCAAGACUUGUACUACCGCGGUUACUUUGAGCUCCACUUUUCACAUGACGAGCUGACAGCCAAGUUCUUUGGUCUGCCAACGGUAGUCACGCGUAAUGGCUGGGAGAUUCCUCUUGCCAACUUCACCGUCAAGAGCGGAGAGAACAAACUCCAGCGUCCCGUCGCGGGCGGUGUUGUUGAGAGCGGUAGUUUGAAGGGAGGAAAGACGGUGCAGAAUAAUCUUACGCUCGAUACUAACAACGGCACUUGGUUUGUUAGUCAUGCCGACUUGUCUGUUUUGUGA